CUUAGUGAGGCGGCCCGGCGGCUGCGGACCUCCCCGCCCCGUGCCGCCCGCAGCGGAUGCGCGCCUCGCCUCAGGCCCCGGCGGGAGCCUAGCGGGGCCGCGGCCGCCGCCGCCGCUUCUCCUCCUCCUCCUCCCCCUCUUUCUCCUCCUGCGGGCGCGGGAGAGGGCGGGCAGCUCGGGCGCCCCGCUCCCCUCAGCCCCGCGGCGCGGCGGCCAUGGCCACCGAGCUGGAGCCGCCGGCGGCUGGCGCUGUGCCGGGCGCGGCGGCGCUGGAGGCGGAGGAGGACGAGGAGCACUGGCUCUACGGGGACGACACCACUGGUAAGCAAGAAGAUGGACCAAUUUCUGGACAUGCAGAACCCUCUCAUCCUUUGCAAGACACUCCUCAGGAGAACCGACCCGUCAACACUGAAGACCGAGAGAUGUCACAACAUGCCCUUCCAAGCGGUGAAGAUGAUGAAGAUGACAGCGAUAGCGACAGUGAUGAUGAUGACGUGAAAGUUACUAUCGGCAACAUUAAAACAGGAGCACCAUCGUACAUGGGAACUCCUAUGAAUCUAAACUUAAAAACGGGUAGAGGCUAUGGAGCAUCUGCUUCAGCCAAGUUGCAACCUAAAGGUAUUGACUUAGAUGCCGCAGGGAAUAUAAAUGGAUUGCCUGUUAUAGAAGUGGAUUUAGAUUCAUUUGAAGACAAACCAUGGAGGAAACCAGGUGCUGAUCUUUCUGAUUAUUUUAACUAUGGAUUCAAUGAAGAAACAUGGAAAGCUUAUUGUGAAAAGCAGCGACGGCUUCAACUUGGACUGGAUCCUGCUCCUCCCAUCAGCACUGAAAAUAAAAUCACGGUUCAGCAAGGAAGAACAGGAAAUGCUGAAAAAGAAGUGGAAAACAACAUCAUCAAAACAGAAUUCAAAACAGACUUCCUGGCUCUGGUGGGAGGACGCAUGAAGGCUGGGCCUCCUCCUAACAGGAAGCUGGGCGGAACAAUUGAUGUGAUCGGUGGCCAGGCAGGCACAAUUAGGAGAGUAGAAGGAAGACGUCGUGAUAAGCACGCUUCUGAGGAAAACCCCAUUCAGGUCCUUGGAGACCACGGCAGUAAACCACAACCCCCCCAGCAGCCCCAGCAGCCAUCACAGCCCCAACAGCCACCUCAGCAACAGCCGUUCGCUCCACCAGCAGGCCCACCGCCUCCCCCGCUCGCUGGGCCACCUCCACCGCACUUCCUCCACCCUCCUCCGCCCGUUACUUCUGUGCCACCUCCCCUGCAUCCGCCAGGUCUGCCACCGCCCGGUCCUAUUCCAGGGUUGUUCCCGCCUCCGCUGGCACCACCACCAGCUCUCCUUAUUCCAACCUUGGAUGGCCAGCCAGCCAGCUACAACAACAGGCAGCCUCCUCCGUUUGGCUACAACUCCGCAGAUUCAGGUUUCAUCAGCUACCCGCCCAUCUCCACGUCCCACACGCCCUGGGUGACGACGGUGGACAAAGGCACAAGCAGUUCCAGCAGCAGCCAUUGGGAGUACUCGGGCUCCAGGCGCGAGAGGGAGCGGGAACGUGAGCGGGAGAGGGAACGGGAGAGAGACCGAGACCGCACUCCGACCACCAGUGAAUACAACAACGAUGAUGAACGAUACCGCUACUACAGCCGGGAGCGCAGCUACGACUUCGAGCGUGACUACCGCCGGAGUCGAGAUCGCAGCAGGGAGCGAGAGGAUCGUCACCGGGAGCGCAGGCACAGGGACAAGGAGGAGAGCAGCAAACAUAAGUCUUCGAGGCGCAAGCAGCACGAGAGCGAGGAGGGGGAGAGUCAUCGGCGUCACAAGCACAAAAAGAACAAGCGCAGCAAAGAGGAGAAAGAGGCCAGCGAGGACGGCGCCCAGGAGGGAGAGGAGCAGGAUGCCAAGGAGUAACCCCAGCCCAGCGUCAGCCCUCGGGAGGAGCCCACUCCUUUUGAACCAGCCCGCCGUUGGUGAUGGUUUGGUUUGGGGGUUGUUUUUCUUUAUUUGUUGUUUUUUCUCCAAGGGAAGAGAAGCCGCUGCCUCCAGGUGAGCAGUGAAGCAGGUGGCGUCGCUUUGAGAGCUGAGGCUGCACAUGCAGUUAAACUUAUUUUAUUUUUAUUUUCUUUUUUGAUACGAGACAAAAUACAGCAGUACUAGUACACAAAGCACUGAGCUACUCUACUCAUAAACAUCCCUAGGGAGAACUUUGUUGUAUCAGAUCCUAUGGUUUCUGAUGGAAGAUGGCUUCAGCUGAAACUAACACAUUUAGGUCAUAGUUUUUGCUUAUUUUUUGGUCAUCAUCAUUCCGUUUUGAAAAAUAGGACAGUAAGUGCGACUUGAAAUUUAUUGUCCAAAGAGAAGUGUGAUUUAGAUCCUGAGAGCCAGCUUAGAGUCUGGUUAGUAGUAGUGAAGAGUCUCAUCCCCAAAUAAAUUUCUUUAUAGCUACAAA